AUGUCCGUGACCUUUGCACUCUUGCUCCUCCUGGGCCAGGCUGCCACCGCAGACCCAUGUUACCAUCCCGGUGGCCGUCCGCGCUUCUGCCUCCCACCAGUGACCCGGCUGGCUGGCAUGGCGGCCUCCUGUCCCCAGGCCUGUGCCCUCUCCCUGGGGGCGGACCUCAGCCCCCGGGCCACCUGCAAUGGCAGUCUAACUCUGGCCCUGGGUGGCCCCUUCCUCCUGACAUCUGUCAGCCUGCGCUUCUGCACCCCAGGAUCCCCGGCCCUGGUCCUGUCCGCUGCCUGGGCUGCAGGAGGUCCCUGGAGAUCGCUGUGGCGCAGACCCGCCUGGCCCGGGGCCUUGGGAGGCCCCGAGAAGGUGACCUUCCGAGCCUCGCCAGGCCCUAAAUCCAGCGUCCUGGUCAGUCACCUCCAUGUGGAGUUCGGGGGCCGGGCGGGGCUGAUGGCAGCUGGAGUUCGGGGGCGCUGCCAAUGCCAUGGCCACGCAGCCCGCUGUGCCGCCCGUGCCCAGCCCCCCCGCUGUCGCUGCCGCCACCACACCGCCGGCCCAGGGUGCGAGAGCUGCCGCCCGUCCCAUCGAGACUGGCCCUGGCGGCCUGCCACGCCCUGGCACCCCCACCCUUGCCUGCCCUGCUCCUGCAACCAGCAUGCCCGACGCUGCAGGUUCAACUCAGAGCUCUUCCGGCUGUCCGGUGGCCGGAGUGGGGGCGUUUGUGAGAGAUGCCGCCACCACACGGCCGGGCGGCACUGCCACUACUGCCGGCUGGGAUUCUGGAGGGACCCCAGCCAGCCUAUCACCAGCCGCAAGGCCUGCAGGGCCUGCCAGUGUCACCCGAUCGGGGCCACGGGAGGCAUCUGCAACCAGACCAGUGGGCAGUGCCCCUGCAAGUUAGGGGUCACCGGCCUCACAUGCAACCGCUGUGGUCCCGGCUACCAGCAGAGCCGCUCUCCCCGGAUGCCCUGCCAGCGAAUUCCAGAGGCAACCACCCCCCUGGCUACUACCCCUAGUGCUUACAGCUCCGGUAAGAGCGGCUGGUGUGGAGAACCCUGA